AUGAAGCGCUGGGAAGAAAAUAGAAGGAAGCAACUAUAUAAUAGUAAAAUAUCUUAGGCCAAGCCAACUCUUAGUAUAUUAUCUUUUUUCAAUUUAUGCUUAUCUUAAGGUACUUAACCUAAGAAAUUUGGAACAAAAUAGCCAAGUACUAGUGUUUCUAGUUCGAAGGGAUUCAAUCAUACUAAUACUUCAGUAUCUACAAAAAUAGGAGGAGUAGCAUUAGCUGUGAGCGAGGAAAUUUACUCUGAUCAUUAAGGAGAGGUCAAAAUAUCAGAUCUGCCUAUAUUCCAACUGUUAAAAGCAUUCAAACUUCAGCAAUAUGCAUUGGUAUUACAAUUCUUUGAUGAUUUUUUAAAUUAGAGACUUGCAGAAUUAGGAUAUGGAGAGGAAAUUUACAAAUUAGCUCUUCUAACAGAGAAAUAAAGAUAAGAUAUAAUUGGCUAGCUCAAAGUACUUCCAGGACAUAAUGCCAAAUUACUUUAUCCAAAGAAAGCACUUGCUGAAUAAUUAAAGCAAUUUACACCGGGAGGGAGCUAGGCGAUAACUGCUACCGAUAAAAAGCCAAAGAGAAUAACUUCAGCAUACAAACCCCGAAUGAAUAUUCAUUCAACAACAUCUAAAUCACUUCUACAAUAAUAUGAAAAUUUAGAUCCACUGACCAAACAAGCAUUCAAUGAGACAUUUUUGGCCAAUCUUGAGAGUGCAAAAUACAGUAUUGGGUAACUCAUGUCUUAACAUGUAAAUAAAGAAGACAGCAAAAAUGCUAUAAACCAUAUAUUCCCUCCUGUCUCAUAUCUAGGAUAUGGUAAUAGAGUACUAGAGUAGGUGAAGCAAGAUGACAAUUAUAAUAAAGAAAUAGAAGGAUUGCUUCGAAAGUACACAGCAAACUCAUAAUAUAAGAACUUCAACAAUAAGGAUGCUCUGGAUAAGCGAACAGGAUUACAAUAAGCAUCGGAUUUGAAGUAAGGUAUGGCUUAGGCAAUGAAGGACAUAGACUAGAUUAAUAAGCAUCUUGAGUAGUUUAUAAAACCAUAAUCAGCUUAGUCUCAAUUUAAUCAGAUGAUUUAAUAGCAGAAUUAAGUCUAAUAGGAUUUACCACCUCCAAGAAAUGAAAUACAUUCUAAGCAGUCAGAUUAGAGACCUGCAACUAAAUAAAGCGUUUAGACAAAGAAUUAUGAAGUUUUUAAGGAUGAUUAAGAUAAGAGCAGAAUCACUAUUUUGAAUGAUAAUGAUAAGAGCAUUGAUGAUGUGGUACCAGAAGAUGAUGAGAUGCCAACUUAGUCAGAUAUAUCAUUGAGUGAUACUUAAAUCAAUGAAGCUCUAAACAUUCUUAAUGACCCAAUCGCCCUAUCCAUGGCUGUGAAAGAGUAAUAUAAUAUUGCCUAGAAAUAGAAUUAGAAUUCUCAAUCCACAUAGUAGCUUAUCACCUAGCCUGGAGAAGAUGCUAGUUUUAUGAAUCCACUCUCAGCUGGUGAUGAUUCAAAACUUAAUGUCACAACUAAAUUUUACAAAAAACAAUAAGUGUAUGAAGAACCGCCAACACAUAGACGUCCGAUGAGUCCUUUAAUAGAAAAAGAAGAAAGAGACAGAUUAUGGAAUUGUGGUUAGAGUUUGAAUUCUAAAUAGGUGACGAGUGCCCUAGGCUACCUAGAUUUAAAAUAAAUCUGCUAUUGUCUUGCAAAUGCCUUAAUGAAGCAUAUUGAAUUUUCUUAGGGUUACUAUUUCAUAGAUGAUUUACAAGAACAUCUGAAGAACACUAGCUAGUUGGAUUCUUAAAUGAAUUUUGGCUUUACAUACAAUAUCUAGGAUCAAUUGAAGAUUGAUUUAGAAUUAGCCAGAUAGAAAAAAGCUGAAAAGGAAUAGUAGUAGAAGAAGGAAUUUGAAGAACUCAAAAAAAAGAUGCAGUUGGAAUCCACUGCCUAGAAUCAAAAGAAAAUUUAGACAAAUGUCAAAGAGUACGAAGAAGUUAAAAGGCCAGUGAAAUAGGAAGUCUAAUAAUAAAAAGCGUUAAAUUAGGAUUUAGUGGAAGAUGAUAUUCAAGAUGAGACAGAAAUAAUUAAGGAUGAUGAGCAAGAUAUAAAAGAUGAGGUGGAGGAGUCUGAUUAUAUCUAAGACUACUAUGAAGAUGUGAGUGAAAAGAGAAGUGAUGGAUAAUAGUAGCAAAACCACGAGGAGCACGGAGAGGGUGAUGAAGAUAUUGAUUUCGAUUAUUCACAGACCCAUUUAGAGGAUUUUUUGAAAUCUUAGAAUUAAAGUACCUUAAUUAAAGGUUCAAAUAUAUAAUCAAGUUAGCUACUAAAUACCUUCUUGAGCUCAUACUCAAAAAUGAAAAGUGGAGCCUCAUUUAGAGACUCUCACAUGGUCAAUCAAAUCACAAGUAAGAAUAUGAUGGCAAGUAAAAUGAAUCCGAUUGAUGAGAAUUUGGAAUAAAGUGAAAGUGAAAAAAGCGACACAAGGACUAGAAAAAUAGAACAAAGUGAUAGUGAGGAUGAUGGAUUCGGUAGAAGUCACGAGCAUGUAGAUUUGGCUAAGGUUGAUGUUAAAUCUAAUCCAAGUCCAAGAAAAUAAUCAAAGCCAAUACUAUCAAAGUCUGAAGUUGAAUAAGUGAGAAAGAAAUAGGAUGAAGAGGAGAAAAAACAUUAGUCUAAGAUGGUGAAUGAGAUAAAGAUUGACGUCAAGACAAAGCAAGGAUUCAAAGAUUUGCUUAGAUUCUAGAUGAGAAUAUUUGACCAAAACUAUGAUUUCGAGAGAGAUUAGCUUGUAGGUGGUGAAUCUGUUUACAUGGGAAACCCUACAAUUGAAGAGUUAUAUUAUUACUGCAAAUACGUAAUUAUAUCAGGCAGAAUGGAGAAGGAGAUACCAAUUCUAUGUCUCAAUUAUAUAGAGAGAUUCCUUACCAAGACAGGAGUAUUAAUGAAUCACGCAAAUUGGAAGAGACUGACUCUGAUAUCUCUCACCUUAGCAUCUAAAAUCUGGGAUGAUGAUUCACUAGAAAAUGUUCACUUUCCAUAAGUUAUGCCGGACAUCACUCUUAAAGAAAUUGCUUCUCUCGAAAAAAUUUUUCUGUAGUUAAUUGAUUUCGAUCUUAUAAUAAAGGGUGGAGAAUAUGCAAAGUAUUAUUUCAUCCUUAAGCAUUUUGCCGAAAAAUUUAACUCUACACUUCCGAUGGGUCCAUUAACAGUGGAACAGAUGAGCGACCUUCAGAACAAUACUGUGAAAGCAGAAUCAGAUCUUAGAGAGAGAUAUAACAUGAAACUCUCGUUGAAAAAGACCAUUUGA